UGUUUGCUUGUCUAGUCAUCAAAUCAAUUAUAGACGGGGGCAAUUGGCCGCACAGGUGUGGUAUCAAAGAAUGAUGGGUUUAGUUUUUAGAAAUGGCCAAUGCGUGUGGUCUGUUGCUGCUGGCAGUCCUUGCUUAUGCAGAAGUUGCAUGCCACUCCGUACAAUUUGGCAUACUGCACUUUCUAGCUGUUCCUAUAUAUGAAGCUGAAAUAUUCACCACUGAAUUUGUGGAUUUCGUAGACGUGAAGUACAAACAAAAGGGUAGCAUGUGCUUUCAUAUUAACAUGAUAUUGGUCGUCGAUGAAAGUGAAAUGGAAUGGAAAGGCCAGGCGUCCGUUCUGUCCGGCGGAAUUGGUUACAACUUCACUAUCCUAAGACUAACAGUUAACCCGCCAGAGGUUGCCAAAGUCACAGUAGUCAUUUACGGGAUCCCCAGGUAG